AUGCUCUACACUCAUCCGCAGGCACUGGUCUGUCUGCAAGGCUUCACCUUUCUUGCCUUGGACAUGAAGGCUGGGCGGUGGCCGGGCAUACAGCUGCUUGACAUCCUGGCCCCCGGAGAGGAGCUUAUCCAGAUGCAGGAAAAUAUGCCUCCCAUUCCCGCAGAGGACGACUUCAUUGCACUCCUGCGUCGGGAUCCCGCUGUGGAAGAGGAACUGUAA